GUAUUUGUAUUAUUUCAUUUAGUGUAAUUAUUAUUUGAUGGUAAAUUGAAAAUUGAUAUGAUCAUUUCGUGAAACUAUUCACAAGUAUAAAUUUAUCGAUUGAUAUUCAUUAGCAUUGUAGCUAAGCAGUUAAAAUACUGCACCGGCAAUAGGAGUUCAUACACACAACAUACGCGUCAGUUCGUUCGAGAAAAGAAAAUUCACCGAAAAAAACAUAUUUAUUUGUAAUAAAAAUGUAUGAAUGUUAAGUGAUCGUAUAAAUCUACUUGUCUACAUUUGUGCAAUCAACAUGGUUUUCUUUCAUUGAUUAUCCACAAUAGAGAAUUUGUCUAAAACGUGUGAUUUUAUAAUGGAACAAGGUUAGGUUACUUUUUCCGAAAUUUUCAACGUAAUUGUAAUACCUACGAUAAAACAUAGAACAUUUUGAAGAACAUUUUGAAGAACAUUUUCAAGAGAACAACAAAUAUUUCUUGAGAAUAUUUUUGGUCCGGCAAAUCUGUAAGAAUCAUUAAAUAUGUUCAAAAACACAUUUCAAAGUGGCUUCUUAUCCAUUUUGUAUAGUAUUGGUAGCAAACCAUUACAAAUAUGGGAUAAAAAAGUGAGAAAUGGUCAUAUCAAAAGAAUUACAGAUAAUGACAUACAAAGUCUUGUAUUAGAAAUACUAGGUGGUAAUGUGAGUACUACUUAUAUUACAUGUCCUGCGGAUUUAAGAAAAACAUUAGGAAUUAAAUUACCAUUUUUGGUAAUGAUAAUAAAAAACUUGAAGAAAUACUUUACCUUUGAAGUUCAGGUUAUCGAUGAUAAAAAUGUACGUCGACGAUUUCGUGCAAGUAAUUAUCAAUCAACGACUAGAGUAAAACCAUUCAUAUGUACUAUGCCAAUGAGACUAGAUGACGGAUGGAAUCAAAUACAGUUUAAUUUAGCAGACUUCACUCGCAGAGCAUAUGGAACUAAUUAUGUCGAAACUUUAAGAGUUCAAAUUCAUGCAAAUUGUCGAAUACGUAGAGUAUAUUUCUCCGAUAGAUUAUAUUCUGAAGAUGAGUUACCAGCAGAAUUUAAAUUGUUCCUACCGAUACAAAAUAAAGCUAAAUGUUAAACGUA